AUGGGUAUUUGCGAGGGUGCGAGCCUCUGCGCAACAGUGAUUCUGAAACAUCAGGAGGAAAAUCUCGCCUCGCCGUCUCCGUUCAAAUUCGCCAUCUUCAUCAACAGCUGGCUGCCAUUCUCGUGGACGCCCGAACUCGGCCACGACGUCACGAAUGUCCUCUUAGGCGAUAACCCCCUUGACACGAACGUUGAAGUUUGGCAGAACACAAGCCCCUCCUGUGAAUUGAAGCUAGAACCGCUAAAAAUGGUCGCAAAACAUGCACUGUUUGAUAUUAAUCCCGAGGUCGAAUUGAAGUGGAGGGCUACCAUCGAUACAGUCGUGGGAAAAGAUAAUGACUAUCUAAGACCGCGCUGCUUCCACCCGGACUUGUACGAUGACCGGCUUGAAUUGGCGACAGCUCACCUUUGGGGAAAGCGCGACAUAUUCGAUCCGCAUUCGAGAAAAUUCUUUCACCUGUGUGACCCAGAACUGGCCACAUCCCACCAGCACGAUGGUGGCCAUGAUUUUCCGCAGUCAUGGGAUGAUAAUGAGAGGUUUAGCGAAAUCAUUCAGAAGACAGUGUUAAAAAGUCAGUUUGCUAUGUGA